AUGUCAGCAUCUGUUCAAGGUCUUCUUUCCCAGAACGGUGGACACAUUCGUCUGCUGGAAGCUCACGAUCACAUCUCUCGAGAGAUUAUCCGCAACGCCGUGGGAAAGUCUGGGCAAAGAUUCCAUGGCCUUUGGCUCAGUGGACUGACCCAGACAACCUACCUGGGGAUCCCGGAUACAGAGCUCAUUUCUCCCCUCAAGCGGGCGUCUAUGAUUGCCUUCAAUGACCUUCUGCAGCCCGGUGAUCACCGCCCUCUGUGCGCCGCUUUUGACGCGGACAGUGGUGGUGAUGUUGAAGAGAUCCCGGCCCUACUGGCAGUGUUGGAGAUAAUGGGGGUAUCAAUGGUUAUAAUUGAGGACAAAUCCCUCUCUGCUCCAGGGGAAAAGGUUAACUCUCUCGAAUCAACCUCGGGAAAUCAAGAACAAGCCGAUAUGCAUGAGUUCGCGGAAAAGAUUCGGGCUUUCAAGAAAGCGACGGGGUCAAAGGAUAUCUUAACUACUGCCCGCAUCGAAAGUCUCACGACCCGUAUUUCUCGGGCAGAGGAGCAAGAGGAGAAAGAGUCUGUCCAACAGGCGAUUCAGGACGCACUCACACGGGCAUAUGUGUAUCGUGAUGCAGGAGCAGAUGCCAUUAUGAUACAUAGCAAAAGCACAUCGUCAGAUGAAGUGCUACAAUUCUUACAUUCAUUCCGAGAGAAAGACCUUAAUACGCCGCUAGUGGUUGUACCCACGACGUAUUCUGCCACAACUCGAACGGCCCUCUAUGGAGCCGGGGCCAAUGUUGUCAUCUAUGCCAAUCAUCUCAUGCGAGCCAAGAUUAGUGCCGUGAGCGAGAUUUCAAAUAAGCUUCUAGUCGAGCAGCCUGAUCUGUUUGCUGAUGAUGCAGAGCUGAAAGCAUGUCUGGAGGCCCGAAACUUUGGUUGUCUUUUACACAGGCUUUUGGCACGAGCGCUCCUGGGUCAAGAAGAACGCGAAGAAACAGCCAAAUAUCGACAGUUGGUGCAGAAGCAUGCAAAGGACAAUAUGAAUGCGGUGGUACUGGAUCUUCUUGAUGGUGAUAUGUCAGGCUGCGAAGCCAAUAAGCGGAUCAUAUCUGUCAAGGAAUUGCUGGAAAUUAAUUCGCGUCAAAUAAUUUUUGUUUAG